AUCCAACCAUCAGGUAGAUCACGUUGUAGUUUUGUUUCCUUCUGCUCUGAUUUCAUUCAUAAGAACUAGAUCCAGUGAAUAACUUUUCAUUGGUUCACAGCUUCAGAAGUGUCCACUUGCAUCAGAUUCAUUGUUUACUGCCUGUCGUUUCCUGUGAGAAAUGUCGACACAACCCUUGGUAGACUGGGACAGUGGAUUCUGUGAUUGCUUUGAGAGCGCAAGUACCUGUUGCUAUGGCUUCUGGUGCUGCCCAUGCCUUGCUGGCACGGUUUCGGGACAAUUUGGAGAGAAUCGUUGUCUCCCACUAUGUGACGUGUGCAGCCCGGCCGUGUUGGCAGCCUGUGGGAUACCUCUGUUUGUGCCUCCUGCCGUCCUGACUAUGAGGGUUGCCAUGCGAAACAGAUAUGGGAUCAAGGGAUCUAUCUGUAAGGACAUUGCCAUUUCCUGUUUCUGCGGAUGGUGCUCCUGGUGUCAGAUGCAUCGUGAGAUAAAGCAUCGCAAAAAGGCUCCUGUUGUUGUCACUGUGCAGCAACCAACUGUUUUGCAAAUGCAGCCCGCUCCAGUAAUGAUGGCUGCUUACCCUCCCCAAGCCGGAUUUGUGAACUAUCCAGGGACAGUUACUCUCUCAAACUGAGCUUUGUGGCCUCAUUAGUCUGGUGUGUUUUCAUAGCUUAGAUAAGGUUGAUUUUUAGUUGAACUGAAUGAAUACUAACGAAUACGAAUACUAUGCAUUUACAAGUGAUGAUUAAAGAUCAUUAUUAACUCA